CCCUUGGCCCCGCCUCUACGACGCGUUGUGAGCACAACCAGGCCCGUCUCCAGGUGAUGUUGCAGAAAAGAUGGACUCCAGUCAGAAAGUAGGUUAGAUAUGGCUGGUAGUCUGCCGUUAACCGUUGUGCAGUGUUUAGGAGGUUUGGAGCGGUUUUUUGUUUUUCUGCUGGAAACCAGGAACCAAGGACCUCUAGAAUGAAGCUGCCCAUGGCCACGAGAAUUUGAACAGCAUUUAGGAAUAAAUAAUUCAUUCAGUCAUGGCUGGACUGAUCAAGAAACAGAUCCUCAAACAUCUAUCCAGGUUUGCCAAGAACCUCUCCCCGGACAAGAUCAAUCUGAGCACGCUCAAAGGGGAGGGUCAGCUGACCAACCUGGAGCUAGAUGAGGAGGUGCUGCAGAACAUGCUGGACCUGCCCACCUGGUUGGCCAUUAACAAGGUCGGCUGCAACAAAGCAUCCAUUCGGAUUCCGUGGACCAAGCUGAAGACACACCCCAUCUCCUUGUCGCUCGACAAGGUGGUGAUGGAGAUGAGCACCUGCGACGAGCCCCGCCCACCCAACGGCCCAUCUCCCAUAGCGACGGCCUCGGGUCAAAGCGAGUACGGCUUCGCGGAGAAGGUGGUGGAGGGCAUCUCCCUGUCCAUCAACUCCAUCGUGAUCCGCAUCAGUGCCAAGGCCUUCAACGCCUCCUUCGAGCUCUCGCAGCUGCAGGUGUACAGCGUCAACACCAGCUGGACCACCAGCGACCUCCGCUUCACCCGCAUCCUGGACCCCCAGCGCGGGGAGAUCCUCACCUUUAAGGAGAUCAGCUGGCAGAUGAUCCGCAUCGAGGCCGACGCCAUCCAGAGCGGAGAGCACGAGGUCCUGAGCGCGCCCAUCCGCCUCAUCACCAACCAGUCCCGGAUCCGCAUCACCCUGAAGAGACGGAUGAAGGACUGUAACGUGGUGGCCUCUAAGCUGGUUCUGAUCCUGGAUGACCUGCUCUGGGUUCUGACGGACUCCCAGCUUAAGGCCAUGGUCCAGUACGCCAAGUCCCUGAGUGAGGCCAUGGAGAGGUCUGCCCAGCAGAGGAAGAGCACCGCCUCUGAGACCUCUGAGGGGGCAGUGGCGCCCCCCUCCUCUCAGCAGGUUCGCGCGCAGCAGACGUCCGUGGCGGCCGAUCAGAACGCCACCAUCGCCAAGCUGUUCACCGCCUACGACGUGCGCGAGACCUCGCACCACCUGCAGAUCGCCCACCUGGACCUGCACAUCUGCGAUGACAUCCACGCCAAAGACCGAGUAAUAAACAAGAGGAUCACAGGAGGAGCCAUGCAGCUCUCCUUUAGCUUUAUAACCAUGGACUACUACCCCUUUCACAGAGCAGACUCAGACCGUGACUCUGGUGAGGCCGUGAGCUCACCUGGAGAGGAGGCGCAGAGGGAGGAGCAGGCGGCGGCGGCAGGUGAGAGCUGCCUGCACUGGAUGCACUACAGUGAGGCCACUAAGUCGAGGGAGAGCUGGGCCCGCAGCCUGCUGGACGAGUUCAAGUCCAACGUGGAGAUGCUGAAGAGCGCAGUGAGAGACCAUCAGUCUGGCGGCUCGCCCCCCCAGAGCUCCCCUCAGCACGCCUCUGCGUGUCGUCCCGUAGAGCAGCAGGGUGGAGUAGUGGUUAGGGAACCGGACGGUGGACCUGAGGGUUGUGGGGCCCGGUCGCGGGUUGGGCACUGCUGUUGUUCCCUUGAGCCAGGAAAGAUCUCCACCACCUCCACCAGCACCUUCUCCACCGCCGCUCCGCCCCCCAAGACCCAGCUCAUGUCCAGUUCCAUCGUGCUCAGGAUGGCCGACUUCAGCAUCUACCAGGUCUCCACGGCAGAGCAGCGCCGCUCUAGUCCCAAGGCCAUGAUCUCCUGCAAUAAGAAGUCCCUGUACCUGCCCCAGGAGAUGCCCGCCAUCCACGUGGAGUUCACCGAGUACUACUUCCCCGAUGGCAAGGACUACCCCAUACCCUGUCCCAACCUGUACGUGCAGCUGAACGCUCUGCAGCUGGUGAUGGACCCCCGCAGUCUGAUCUGGCUCAACCAGUUUGUGCUGGACCUGCGGCAGAGCCUGGAGCAGUUCAUGGAGCUCUACAAGCUGGACGACUCCCAGAAGCCCGACGAUCACGUGGACAUCAAGGUGGACGGGCUCAUGCUCAAGCUGGUGGUGCCCACGGACAAGGAGCUGGCGGGCCCCCCAGACGGGCCGCGCUCCGUGUCCAUCCAGACGUCGGAGAUGGUGGCCACCAACACGCGCCACCCGGCGGGCUGCACGCGCUCCAGCCUGGAGGCGCUGCUGCAGGACUUCCAGGAGGAGGCGCUGUUCGCCCGCCGCGACGGGCCCGACGCCUUCCCCGUCCUGCACCCGGUCUUCCAGCGCCACGCCCACGAGCAGGACACCCGCCUCCACGACAUCUACCGGGGGCUGGUCCCGGCGGCGCUGGCGGGCGACGCCCUGAAGCCCCCCGCGGCGGCCGACCUGUGGGCGCUGCACUUCUCGCAGUUCUGGGUGGACUACGAGGGCACCCGCAGCGGGCGGGGCCGGCCCGUGCCCUGCGUCGACUCCUUCCCCCUGUCGGUGUGGACGUGCCAGCCCGCGCGCCACGCCCGGCACCAGGAGCGCCUGCGGGCGGGCGCGGCCGGGCGGGGAGCGGCGGCCGGGGCGGGGGGCGUCCCGCGCAGCGAAUCGGCCGAGGCGGUGGGCCGGCUGCAGAGGAAGAGGCUGCUGAAGGAGUACUACGGCAGCGACCCCCCCGCGGGGCCCAACGGCAUCCGCAAGCCCUGCUCGCUGGACGGCCUGACCCCGCCCCCUGCGGCCCCGCCCCCCGCCGGCCCCGCCACGCCCCCGGCCCCCCGCGAGGCGGACGUGCAGGUGCUGGUGCACGUGCAGAAGCACCUGAGCGUGCAGGUGAGCCACCAGCAGUACGUGUUCCUGCUGCGGCUGCAGCAGUCCAUCCGGAGGCUGCAGCAGACCCUGCAGGAGGACACCGAGCAGGUGGGGGCGCGGAGGCAGGACCGCGAGCGCGACUGCGACGGCGACCGCGCCCGGCCGUUCGGCGUCUGCGUGGGGGUCCUGCUGAAGAGCGCCGAGGUGGCCCUGCUGCUCCGCCCCGUCCCGCAGGGCGACGCCAGCCCCCUGGGCUCGGACCUGUCCCCCUCCGAGAGCGCUGGCACGCUGGGCGCCGGGGGCGACGGGGCGGGGCCAGCGGGCCCCCCCGGCUCCGCGGACGAGCUGCUGUGCGGGGGCGGGGUCCAGGGUCCCGCCCCACUCCGCCCCUCCCCCUCCAUCCCAGACGGGCUCCGCGAGGCCUCUUCGGAGAUGUCGGACGGGGAGGAGAGCCAGGGGGCGGGGCCUGGCAGGAGGUCGUCCUCGGAGGAGAAACAGGACUUUGGGGAGGGGGCGCUGGACUCCCUGAUCAGUGAAGAGCAGAAAGAGCUUCCCCAGGGGAGGGCGGCAGUGGACCCCCCCAUUGACCCUCUUACCAAAGACUUGAGCGACAGCAAAGACAAGCCCUCUGCAGCAAAGAUGCCCCAGUCCAUGUCCAGUGGACGCCUCCUGAGGGACAGGUCUCAGUCCAGCUUCUCGGUGUCCUAUAAGAACCUGAAGAAGAGCCCGUCCCUCCACUCCCUCGACAACAUCUCCAUCGACAGCUGCCUGCUGGAGGACUGCGAUACCUACAGCCUCCUGGAGAGAGAUGGCGCUGGGGACGACCUUUCCAUGUCCGGAUUCAAGGACGUGCAGAGUGACCAAAGCGGAGCGGAGAGCGCCAACGAGGCUUUAGGGCCCAACGCCGACGGAGGCGCGUCGCCUGACACCGUGAGCGCCACCUCCCAGAGCAUCGACGAGCCCACCAAGGACCUGGUGUCGGUGCUGGUUCUGAAGGUCCACUCCGUGUGUGGAGCGCUGGAGGUCCAGGGAGACAGCACCGCCGUGUCGCUGGAGGUUGGUCAGGUGGUGCCUACCCAGCUGGGAAACGUCAGCGUUCGGCAGUACCUCAGCAACCGCAGCCUGGGCGCCGCCCCCGGCGUGAGCGCGGUGGACAGGAAGUCGCGUCCGGAGGUGCAGGUGCGGCUGGAGAGCGGGCCCCGGGCGGCGGCUCGCUCCCCGCUGGCGGCGCACAGCGGCUUCCUGCAGUGCCAGCUGCAGGGCUUCCGCUCCGACUUCCUCAUGUCCUCCCUGCGCAACCUGGGCCACUUCCUGCAGGACGACUCCGCCUCCCACAUCCUGCCCAUGAAGAUCGACGUCAGCGACAUGCACGUCAACCUGAAGGACGAUGCUCCCCGUGACAACCCUUCGGAUCCGGAGCCGACGCCCAUCACCCUGCACAUCGAUAACUUGGUAAUCUACCGACAGGAUGAUGGGUCCUUCUCUAUAGGAGUGGCCCAAACUCCUGCAGCAGUGCCUGACAAUCAGGUGGAGAAGGACAAGGCGAACUUGGCUCCUGACGUCCCCAGGGUGGCUCCGGACGCCCCCCGGGGGGUGAGCUGCGCGUCGCAGACGACGCAGACCACCCCACAGCCGCUUACCAGCCACGCCCCAUCCCCCAAAGAGAAGCUGCUUGUGGAGGAGAACGAGUGUCUGAAACUGGAGCUCUCCAGAGCCAAGAUGGCGCUGGCGGAGGCCCAGAUGGAGAAGGACUCGCUGGUGCACCGAAUGAAGAGCCUGAAACUGACCCCCGGGGGCAGCAACUGAACGCCAGGAGGCUGUAAUCUGAGCACCGGGGGCGGCUAAAAGUGAUGAGCCAGGCCGGUCUCCUCAUCUGGACGCCGCAGUCCAGGGAGACCAGGAGCCCUGGAGCAAACUGAGAAACUGAGAAUCCGCUGCAGUCUUGCCCUGGUGCAGCUCUUAUUCUUUUACAACAUGGGCUCUCUGAAACAGGACCUGUCUACAGCGGCAGUGACAUGUUUCAUUGAGUCAUACAUUCACUUAUUCAUACAUAAAUACAUACAUACAUACACAUACACAACCACACACCCUUUUUCAGUUUGAAUACAUCUGUGUGCUGCUGCUGCCUAGUGGUGUGGAAGGUGCAGGAUUUGCACCCGGGACCCUUGGGGAGGGAAGGAGGGAGGGCGGGGGGCA